AUGCUGCGUGCGGUUCUACCUUAUAGGUAAGCAGGCCACAGGAAACAUGAAGUGUGAGUCUGAUGGAGGUUGACAGUCGUGCUGCAACACUUCCACUAAAAGCAAAGUGAAAGGGGGGGGGGGGGUAGUGAGUGUGUGAGCGUGCACGCCCGCCUGUGUACACCACACGUGUGAUUGCCUGAGCAAAUAUCUAGGGACACACACAGGGAGAUAAGAGCGGUCCACUGAUUGAAGGAUUAUGGAACAUCGCCAAGAUGAACAUUCCCCUUCCGUGUUCCAAUCUCUCCUCUGCUGUACCUUCCAUGUUCAAUCUCCACUUCCGUAUUCGAAAAUCUUUGUUUCUAUGUUUCUCCAAUAAUCCCAUGUUUCUCUAUAUUCCCUAAGCUUUUAUGUACUGAGAGCACAACAUACUUCAAGCUCAGUUUACAGGCGAUUGAAAGAACAAGGUGCAAAGAGUAAGAUGCCGCAGCAACAACAUGAAAGUUACAGUUCUGAGGAUGUUCAAAUGGCAACACAUUUCUCCUUCUCUCAUUCUCUUAUCCCUCUGCAAGUUUCCCCCAGUCUUUUGAUAUUGCAGAUCAGAACAGACUUAGACGCAAACUUGGUAGGAUUGCUUGGGUAAUCGUCACUUACCAGAUUGAGUUUCCCAUAGCAGAAUGCUGUGACGCUGAUAAACUAAACCCAGGAGGUUUUAGGAAUGGUAUCAGGCCUGCUCAGGUACAGCAUUAUAGAGGAUCACUCUUACUGGAUUUGGAGCGGGAGUAACUAUGCUGGAAAUAUUAUAAGGUACUCAGAUUGGGUCCAUAAAGCAUUAGGAAUAAACCCAAAAGUGCAGCUCUUAGGCCUGAUUACAAACCCAUGUCUGGAUAAGGAGGGAAAGAAUGGCUGACAUGUUGCUGAUAUCUACCUUAUCUAUCUAUCUGCAAGGAAAGGGGUAAAGGGCCUAUGGAGAGGCAUUGGUUUGGAAUUGGGUCUUUGUAUGUGGGAAUGGAGACAAGUGUAUUGCAGGCCUCGGUCCCAGAUAGACAGUGGGAUUGGAGUGGAGAAAUGGUUGAGGAGGUUGAGAGACAUGGAGAAAAAGAAUGAAAGGAGAGGAAGGAGAGGAGAAGGGCGGGUAUUUGUCCUGACGGUAUCUUUGACUGGGAGACAGUUGAUACCCAGAUGAAGAUGGAGAGAUAAAGAGAGAUGGAAAAUUGAGAGAGGGGGGAAGGAGAGAAUAUCCGUUCCUGUGCUCACUUUGAUGGAAAGAUGGCAGCGAUAGUCGAAGAGGGAGAGGAGGGAAGAAAAUAAGGAAGGAGGGGAAGCAGAGGACAAGAGGAGGGGCUAUCAGUUCCUGCAAAGUCUUUGUUGAAGAGAUAUCUGAGGAGGAGAGGGGGAGAGAGGCAGGAGGUCCAGAAGGGCUCUCUGUUUCUGUGGAGGUCCAGCAUUUUGUAUGAGGAUCACAGUCGACCUGCAGAGACAUCAUCUACUGUACCUCCCAUCAGGCAGGGGCUCAGAGAGAGAGAGAGAGAGGAGAGAGAAGAGAGAGAGAGAUAUGGAUACAGAAAUACAGACACAGUCGCAGAAGUAAUACUCCACUACGGAGACAGAGAGACAGUAAAUUAGAAUUGAGAAGUAAAUGAGAAAGGAGAAAGAGAGACGUUAAACAUACAGGGUUAUAAUAACCCCCUACAGUUUAAGUCCAUUUCUGCGCCAGCACGCUUUCAUCAUUGGGUGCAUCUCAAUUGGGUGUGUCCAUUGGCCUGUGCGAUGACUGGGAGCUGCAGUAGAGCGGUUUUUAUGAGACGAGUGGUUUCUGUUACAAAAAACGCCUGUCAAGUUGGAAUGGUUUGAGCUACAAAACUACUAUGUCCCCAUUCUGAAAAACGUAGACUCUCACAAACACGCACUGUUGUCGGUUUGCUCUAUGACGACCCAAGGACGCCCAUGUCCCAACUCCAUACAAAAUGAAAAUGCAGUAAAAUUAACUGGAGAUGAAUAGGGGUUAUUCCACAUAACAUAAUAAGGGUUAUUCCACAUAAAAUAUUGUCCCUCUUUUUUGUAUCUGGCCAAUUAUGGCCUCUGUUAGGGCACAGGAAGCGCCAUUGGGGCCUGCUCCAUUAUGAAGUAGUCAAUUUUAUUUUUCUACUACUUCUAUGAGUUGGUAUGCAAACUAAAAGGGUGCAUACUGCCACCUGGAGUUUGUAGUUUGAACAGGUAUAAAGCCAAGGUUGGCGAUUUACUUUCACCUGCAGUUAUGUAAUGUUUGCUCACAAGCAUAAUUCAUUGGAUGAUCCCUCCUGAUGACCCGGAUGAAAUUAGGUGAUCCUAAUUUCACCAAGUUGAAAAUGGUGAAAGUCUUCAAUGGUGCUGCCCAUGCUAAAAUGGGCUUUUGGGCGCUAGAGUCCUCUAUCUAUCUCUAUGGCUUUCCUAUAUCUCUCAGAUGCAUUUGUAGACCCUUCAAAACAUACUUCCUUGUUUAUUUUAUUUUUUUAUUUUAUUUUCCAUGUAUUUGUGUGUUCUUCAAUGCGUUUCUAUGUACUAAUAGCAGUAAGGCCAAAUUCAGUGUUUAUUCAAAUAAUUGUUACGUUUUUUUUAUACCUAUAGAUGCCGUAUCUUAAUUUGAGUGAGGAAAGCAGGAAAAUAUCCUGCAGCAACAGGAAAUGUGAAUUGUUAUGUGGAUUAUAAUGAAUGGACAUUUUUGUAGGUUAAUAAAUUUUUUCGUUAGGACAAAUCAAGUCUGAAAUGUUAAAGUGGAAAUUACAAACUUUAGAAGCCUUUUAAAACCUAAAAUACACAAGUUUGCAUGUUCUGCUGUGCAGAACAAUUCCUGCAACAACAGGAUGAUCAAAUUAAGAUAUGGCAUCUGUACAUGGGUCCUAAAAUAUAAAAUCAAAUAGCUAGAUGGUCCAUUUUAUUAAUAUCCUAACAAUUCCAAAUGUUAAGUUAGUAGAUUUCUUAGAAAAAGGUAUUUGACCUACAGGGGCAUAACUACUACUCACAAGCUUAUUUACAUGUAGGUUAACAAGACAAUGUGGAGACGCCACGAACACGUGUGACUCACAGCGUUUUUAAUGGCUGAAUUAUCAUGCCUUAAUGUGUGCGUUAAUGUGUCCCUUUGGUUCUGGGAUGAAGUGUGGCACACAGCUGGGAUCAGACUGAAGAUGUUGCUGGGAGCAUGUUCCAACGUUCCGCUUGUCUGCUAGGGUUUGUCUCGCGUCUGGCCCUCAGCCAGCCAACCACCAUCCCCCAAUGUCACAUCGCACAAAUGUUUCCCUGAAGCGGCGUUCAGAAACAGCAAAUUAGUAAUACGCUCCCCCUGAAGCUACCCGCCUGCUGCCGCGACCCCUAACCCACUCCACGUUGACAACAAGCCUUACCUGUGUGUACGUACAUGUGCAUGUCUGCCUCGUGAGCAUCUCUAGUGUCUACGAAGAAAUAGCAUUUGGAUAACCCCGUUGCCUGGUCAUGACGCUAAGUAUGACAGAGACAUCCAGAGCCGAGCAGAGCACUCACACACACAAACACAAAACCUCACAUACACACACACACACACAAACAUACUCAUACACACACAUACUCACACACACACACAUUCUUACACACACACAAAACACACACUAUGCUCUGCCAAGCUGUGCUGGGUGGAUCAGAAGGCACUUGUAGCUGGCGCAGGGCUACUCCAUGCGGGGCCUCUCCAUAGACCCAGCCAGAAACCAGACAAUGGCACAGAGAACCAGAGAGAGAUCACAGCACCAGAUCACUGCUGGGGAGAGGGAUGGAGGGAAGAGAGGAGGGGGGUGGCGGGAAUGGGGAGUGGUAGAGUGAGGGGAGCGGGAGAGUGUGGGGAGUGGGAGGCGGGAGAGCGAUGGAGAGUGGGGGAGAAGGGAAAGAGAGAGAAGGGGAGGAGAGAGGGAGGAAAAAUAGCAGCAUUAUCCAUGCCACCUGUAGAAGGAGAGGGUAAAGGAAAAAGAAAAGACAGGGAGAGAGAACAAGGGUGGAGGAGAGAGAACGAGGGAUGCUCUACUCCUCCUCAGGGUCUGUUGUCAAGGCUUCAUGGCACUCUGUCAAGAGCCAUUGGCAAGACCUGAGCCACAAGGAAAGACCUGAGCCACAAGGAAAGACCUGAGCCACAGUGAAAGACCUGAGCCACAGGGAAAGACCUGAGCCACAGGGAAAGACCUGAGCCACAGAGAAAGACCUGAGCCACAAGGAAAAGCAGAGAUGGAGAGAGGGAGAGACAUGGGCAGAGAGGUACAGAAAGAGAGGAAGGAUAGAAAAGAGGGGAGAGAGGGAUGGAGAUGUACAGAAAGAGGGGAGGUAAGAGAGGGAUAGAGAUGUACUGGGAUUUACACACACACACACACACACACACACACACACACACACUAAAUCCAUUUAGAAGCACACAAAGAAAACAUAUGAGGGAAAACGGUUAAAUAGUGGAAUACCAGGUCACUGAUACUGUGGCUAAGCUUUUUGAUCUGCACACAGUGUGGAGGAUUCUUGGAGAGAGUGUGGCUUCCUGAUUUUCUCUUCCUCCAUCUCCCCCUUCAGCAACCUCACACUGGCACCCACUCAAUAAGAUAUUACUCGCACAUUAGUUUGGGAGGAUUAUUUGAUACCAUUAGUCAUGGCUUUCUUUGUUUUCUGCCACAAAUGCAUUCUUGGAUGCACACACACACACACGCUCACAUAGACCGACAGACAGACAGACAGACAGACACAAACACACACACAUUGCUCCUUUAUGCCCCUUUGCAGAAAUGAUGAUCUAUGUUGCUGUUUGAAAUCUACCCAAACCUCUUUGACUCCUCUACUAGUCUUGAUCUUGUCUCAGUAAACCAUAACUGUAAUAGAAGCUGAAAAAAGAAAACCGCAUUUUCCUUGUAUUUGGCUCUAUUGAGAGAGAAUCCAUUUUCUCAGAGAAAUAUAUAGAGUUGUGCCACAUACAGAAGUUAAAUAUGAGUCUUUCUUCUGUCGAUACUUUUUGAAAGAAAAACUACUGGGCACAGUUGACUUCUGAAUGUUCUGACACUAUUAUUCUGUGGAAUAAACCAGAACAUAAACAGCAUAUUAAAGAUGAUAACAGUGUUGUGUUGAUUACUUCUGCAUCCCAAAUGGCACCCUAUUCCCUUUAUAGCGCAAUGGGCCCUGGUCAAAAAUAAUGCAAUAUUGGGAAUGAGGGUGCCAUUUGGGACGCAGGAUAAAACUUGAGUAGAGUAAAUUGACUAAAACAGAGUGGCUAACCAAACAGUUUUCUGGCCUAGUCAGCAUUCACUUGCAGUUCUACAAUAUCUUACAUUGCAGUCUUCAUAGUGAAUAAAGAUGAAGCACUUCUCCCAAUGGACAAGGAGUCAUUGUGAUUUAAAAGUUUGCUGAACCCCCUUUUGGUCGUCCUAUUGUAUUAAAGCUGUCAUAAAAAUCCAUAAACUAAGUCACUUGUCAGCGAGCACUUAAACUAGAGAUUACAUGAUCACUGGCAUCAAUAUGAAGCUUUUAAACAGACAGACAGACAGACAGACAGACAGACAGACAGACAGACAGACAGUCAGACAGAGACAGGACUUGUUAUGGACCCAAGAGGGGGCUCAAACUGAAAUCUCAAGACUAACUGAUGUGAAGUGCACUUGAAAAGGAUCUACCGUUUUAAUGUUUUACUUUAAAACAGUAAUAUUUCUGGUGAUGGUGCUCCCCUAGGCUAAACAGCUUAUCUUAUGACAGGUGUGCACAACUCAGGCCCUUAAAUUCCACAGUCGUGUUGGUUUUCGUCUCUCCUUGGUACUUGAUGCUUCUGAACGGCUGCAGUGUAGACACACCUGGUUUAACAGGUAGAAAUCAGUGUCAAUUAUGAAAAUCAGCAGGAUUUUUAUUUUUGUAUUUUACCUUUAUUUAACUAGGCAAGUCAGUUAAGAACAAAUUCUUAUUUACAAUGACGGCCUACACCAGCCAAACCCGGACGACGCUGGGCCAAUUGUGUGCCGCCCUAUGGGACUCCCAAUCACGGCCGGUUGUGAUACAGCCUGGAAUCAAACCAGGGGGUCUGUAGUGAUGCCUCAAGCACUGAGAUGCAGUGCCUUAGACCACUGCGCCACUCGGGAGCCCAGCGCUCAGGAAUGCAGCACUCUGUGUACCCUUGUCUUAUGACUUCCAUAUUUCUGUUUAUCUGUCUCAGUAAAUAUCUCUCCAAACACAUCUCUAUCAAACAGGUAUAACCUACAACUGACUGUGCAAGUUUCCAUUUUGUCUCAACCCAUUUGUGGUCCUUUCUGUAUGGCUGCUGGUCCUGUCUGCUGUAUAUUGUGGAUAAAGAGUUACCUGUCUAACAGAAAACAGAGGAUGUUCUUUAAUGGAAGCCUUUCCAACAUAAUCCAGGUAGAAUCAGGAAUUCCCCAGGGAAGCUGUCUAGGCCCCUUACUUUUUUCAAUCUUUACUAACAACAUGCCAGUGGCAUGUCGUUAGUAAAGAUUGAAGAAAAUUGACAAAAUUGCAAUUGGCUCAGAACAGGGCAGCACGGCUGGCCCUUGGAUGUACACAGAGAGCUAACAUUAAUAAUAUGCAUGUCAAUCUCUCCUGGCUCAUAGUGGAGGAGAGAUUGACUUCAUCACUACUUGUAUUUGUGAGAGGACACCCAUGCAUACCCCACAAAACAUGCCACAGUCCUCAAGUCCAGAACAGACUAUGGAAGGUGCACAGUACUACAUAGAGCCAUGACUACAUGGAACUCUAUUCCACAUUAAGUAACUCAUGCAAGCAGUAAAUUUAGAUGUAAAAAAAAAAGAUGAAAUACACCUAAUGGAACAGCGGGGACUGUGAAGAGACACAGGCACAGACACAUGCAUACACACAUUCAAUAACAUACGCACUGUACACACACGUACACAUGGAUUUUGUGUUGUAGAUAUGUGAUAGUAGAGUAGUGGCCUGAGGGCACACACUUAAUGUGUUGUGAAAUGUGUUGUGAAUGUAUUGUAAUGUUUUUAAAAUUGUAUAACUGCCUUCAUUUUGCUGGACCCCAGGAUCCAUAAUAAUGGGGAUCCAUAAUAAAUACAAAUACAAAAUUAAUGAUGGGAGUGGUCUCACUAACCCCCAACUGCGAUGGGCCGGUUUGGAACAGUCUGUGAAAUUAGGUUUAUAUAGCAGGCAGGGAGAAUAAAGAUAUCAUAGACAGAGCUGCUUUCCCCUUUGGAGAGCUGCCCUGAAAUAGCUUUGAAGACUGUUCUUUCUAAGAUAUCCAGCAGAGCUUCCCUAUUACGCAUUAAUGGUCUAGUACGGUCUCAUAUAGUUUUGUGUAGGCAUACAGUCUGUCGCUGUUGGAGAGUAAGACUUUUAUGUUCCUAUUAGUUGAAUUCAAUACAAAACAAAACAACCAAUUCCAUACCAACCAUAUCUCUGUUCAUGAUUAUGGAUUGAAUCACAGCUUGAGAUAUGCAUGAAUAAAUUGAGGUUUAGAGUGAAUCGUACAUACACGAUGGUUUGUGUACAUCAAGUUAAUUAAAAUAAUAAUCCACUCAAAAAAUAUAUUUAGGAAUGAUUUUCAUUAGUCCACUGUUGAUACAGUCCCAUAAAAAUGCAUGAUUGCAUGUCAGCAAUCACGUUUUCAAGAUAUAGAACUUUCCAAAAGUAAAUUGUAACUUGCCACAUCACCAUGAUGAUUCGUUUUGCAUCAUAUGCUUGAGAUUGAGUCUUUUCAAUAUCAGGGUGCUGACUAAUCACAACGCACCUUUUUGUGGGAAAAGGAGGAUAACAUACUGUAGUUCUAAAAGAACAAGGGUUAUGUUAGAUUUGUGUGUGUGUUUAGGCCCCUCUCCAAAUGCCAUCUUUGUAAGGAGGGUCUCUAUACACUCUUAGAAAAAAAGGUGCUACUUAGAACCUAAAAUGGUUCUUCGGCUGUCCCCAUAGGAGAACGCUUUGAAAAACCCUUUCUGGUUCCACAAAGGGUUCUACAUCAAACCAAUAUAGUUCUACCCGGAACCAAAAAGGGUUCUACCUGGAAACAAAAAGGGUUCUCCUAUGAGGACAGCUGAAGAACUGUUUUGGAAAAGUGUACCAUAUCCAUAGAAAUAAUGCAAUGAUGCAAUGCAGAUAGCAGACCUCCAAUAUACCAUAUCCAUUUGAAACCAUUUACACCCAUUUAGUGUCUUGAUAAUCUGUAUAUAUGUAUUAAGGCAUUAGUAGAACUGAGUAAUCAUAAGAAGAUCAAUAACCAUCCCUAUCUCAUUGGCAUCAUCCUGCAUUAUAUGUCCUCCCGUUGCCACACUGAAGUAGAUUAUCUGACUGAUAGUCAAAAUGAUGAUAAUAAGAAAAUGUCUUUAUAUAGAUUUGUCAGGCUUCAGAGUAAUCUUCUGUGGAUAAUAAUAUGACAGACUCUUCUCUCUGCACACCUCUUCAUCUGUUUGGGACUGAUAAUCUGUUAUUGCCUGGAUAUUUAAUCACCCGUCUUUUACAUCUUGCCAAGUCUUCUGAUUACGUUGUGUGAUAAUCUGUUGUGAUCAUAUUAGCGAUUCAAGUUUCUGAUAAUCUGGGAUAUAUUUGUAUUAUGUAAUCUGUGAUGGUAAACUGUGUUGGUGAUCUGGGAUUAUAAUCUGUGUGUCCCUGCAGGGCUGAAGAUCCGGGAGGUGAUGAUCAACGUGUCUCGUCAGCAGGUGGAGGACUUCCAUGGCCCUGAGGACUACUGGUGUCUGUGUGUGGCCUGGAGCCACCUGGGCACCUCCAAGAGCCGCAAGGCCACCGUACGCAUCGCCUGUGAGUAGCAGAACCAUACCAACAGAGAGGGAGGGGGGAUGGAAAGGGCAGGAGUGAGUGAGGGAAGAUGAAAGAGAGAGAGAAAGUGAGUGGAGCGGGUGAGGGGGGUGUGAGUGAGAGAGAAAGUGAGUGGAGCGGGUGAGGGGGGUGUGAGUGAGGGAGAAAGUGAGUGGAGCGGGUGAGGGGGGUGUGAGUGAGGGAGAAAGAGAGAAAGAGUGGGGGUGGAACGAGAGAGGUAUUUGGAGUCAAAUAAACAUAAAAUGUUUAUCCCUAUGCCCAAAAGAGGGCUUUGUUUGAUCUAAUCCCAGAAAUAGGGCUGUUGCGGUGACCGUACUACCACCAUACCGGCAGUCAUGAGUCAUGACCGUUGAGUCAUGGUAAUCUCCUUUUAUGCACUCUGGACAUGCUUUGGUAGUACCCAACUUGCUAACUACCAUCAGGUCCUAAUGGCUCUAUUGUCCCCCUAACCACUCUGACAUCAAUGAAAAUGCAAUUGAAAAUCACAUAAAAAACAUAUCAUCGAAACAGUAGGCCUAUUGUACUUUUAAAUCUCUUUGGUACAUAAUUGAUCUAGCCUAUUCUCCAAAAUUAAACACAUUUGAGUAAUUACCUUUGAGUGUGGACUGUAUUAUUGUGCAUACUGUAUGGACUGGUUACCUUAUGCUAAGCUCCAAAAUGUCUAUCCAUGAGUCUGGGAGAGAAUGUAUAGCCCUAGCCGAUGCUGUUGGUUCAUUGACUGUGCAGGGUAGCUAUACAGAAUAUCUCACCACCAUGCGUUUCCAUCUCCUCUUCUCUCUCCUUUUAUUCCUUUCUCGAGCGCACAGAUGGGCUGUCAACAGUUUAUUGAAAUAUGUAAGUCGCUCUGGAUAAGAGCGUCUGCUAAAUGACGAAAAUGUAAAUGUAAAUGUUAGGAGGAGAUUGUGGUGAGAUAUUCUGUAUAGCUAAAGGUAAUGUGUCACCCAAUGAAUUAUGACAAUUUAAAAAAUGCACUAUUCAAAAUCAAAUAGAAAUUCACUAAUUGCACGCUAACUGUAAGCCGCCCUGCACAAUCAAUUAACCAACAGCAUUGCCUAGGGCUAUAAGUUCUCUCCCAGACUCAUGGAGAUACAUUUUGGAGUUUAGCAUAAGGUAACCAGUCCAUACAGUAUGCACAAUAAUACAGUCCACACUCAAAGGCAACUACUCAAAUUUGUUUGAUUUUAGACCAAUUAUGUACCAAAGACAUCUUAAAUCAGUCUUGUUUUGUGUAUUGUAUAACGGCACAAUCAUAAUUUUUAUUCAGGUUUUUCUUUCGGCUUGGGCUCAAAAGCCUAUGCAUAUGCAUAAGCUCUAAUAUGUGUAUGGAUGUUUUGAAUUAAUCGUCCCCUUAGAAAGCUCUGUCCAUUUCGUUGUGUUAGGCUUUGAAACAACAUCCACAAUGACCAAGCUUUACACUGUCUCAACCUGCUGUUGAACUUCUUUCUUCAAAUUGAUCAUCACAGUGAGGUGAGUUUUAAAAGUACAAUAGGCCUACUGUUUUGAUGAUAAGUCUUUGAUGUGAUUUUUGAGAGCAUUUGCAUUGAUGUCAGAGUGGUUAGAGGGACAAUAGAGCCCUGAGCACCAGGUCAUUAGGACCUGAUGGUAGUUAGCAAGUUGGGUACUACCAAAACAUGUCCAGAGUGCAUAAAAGCAGAUUACCGUGACUCAACGGUCACAUGGAAUUUUACUGCGGUCAUGACUCAUGACUGCCUGUGUGGCGUUAAUACGGUCACCACAACAGCCCUAAUCCUGUCUCCCUGUGUCCCUCCCCUCUCCCAGACCUGAGGAAGAACUUUGAACAGGACCCCCAGGGGAGGGAGGUUCCCAUUAAAGGCAUGAUUGUGCUGCAUUGCCGUCCACCAGAGGGAGUGCCUGUCGCAGAGGUAAGGCCUGCAUGUUUCAACUCACAGUAUACACCGAUUUUUAUAAUGCUUUUCUCAUGACAAGGGUUAUAAUGUAUUAUAGCAGCAUCAAGUAGUUUUUUUUUGCCCACAAAGCAUUUGUCAGUUACAGUUGGAUUACUACUACUCCAGGGCUACAGCAUCAUAAGGCACAUCUACAUUUCUCUGUUAAGAGCUGAUUCUUUCCAUUUUAACUGCUUCCACUACUAGCCCCAUUCCCUUCAGCAUCUGAGUGAUUGGCUCUUGUUGUGUGUUUACCUCAGAGUGGAGAUGUGGAGAUGGUGGUAUAG